AUGCCUUUUAACGGGAGCCUCAGGCUGAAAAUCGUCGAGGCCUCUGACCUGAGGCCGACGCAGGUGUCAGUUCGACACUCCAUCAGCAAGAGCCAGGGCAUGAUGAUCGACCCUUUUGUGAACAUCGCCGUCGAUGACUCGAUCAUGGGCAAGACCACCGUAAAGGUGAGAACCUUCAAGCCUGUCUGGAAUGAAAGUUUCGACAUUGACUCGCUGCUGUACGCGAAGAACCUGCAGCUCAAUGUAUUCCAUAAAUCACCAUUUCCAAAUGACGAAUUUGUCGCCAACUGCUCGAUAUCCUUUGAUGAGCUGCUGCAGAAUGACGGCAACAAUUCAGAGGCCGACCUCUGGGUCGACCUCGAACCCAGUGGAAAGUUGCAUAUUAUCGUCGAGCUUUUUAGCGAUCCAGGCGCCGGGAAGGAGGAGCUGCAGAAGACCGGUCCACCGAAGGAAUUCAAAGAGCGCCAGCUAGGUUUCAACAACAAACGCCGCGGUGCAAUGCGUCGGCGAGUGCACCAGGUGAACGGCCACAAGUUUAUGGCCACUAUCCUUCGGCAGCCCACCUUCUGCUCGCACUGUCGGCAGUUCAUCUGGGGACUAGGCAAACAAGGCUACCAGUGCCAAGUUUGCACUCUCGUGGUGCACAAAAAGUGCCAUCAGUUCGUUGUGGUGAAGUGUCCGGGAUGCAAGACCAACAAUGAAGAUGUAAGUUCUUGCAGCAGCGGCAACCGCUUCAGCAUUAACGUGCCGCAUCGCUUCUCCGUGCACAACUACAAACGACCAACCUUUUGUGAUCACUGUGGUUCUAUGCUGUACGGCAUCAUCAGGCAAGGACUCAAGUGCGAAGCCUGCGACAUAAACGUGCAUAAACGGUGCGAGAAGAAUGUGGCCAACACGUGCGGCAUUGACACGAAGAAGUUCGGCGAGAUUCUCCAGGGCCUGGGCAUCUCCAGCGACCGCUCCGCCUCCGGGAAGAAGGAGGCGCGGAAGAAGACCUCGGCGAGCGAGCAGUCGCCUAACCGUUCCUAUCCCGUCAACGAGCGGUCGCACACCUCGCCCCUUCCGAGCAUGUCCGGCGCCGAUCCGAUGACGUCGAUGGAGGCGCUGGCCGACAUGACCUCCAUGCACCUCUCCAUUCGCGGGGUGGCCUGCGACGCGGAGAGCCGUCUGAACAGCUCCGCCGACUACUGGGAGUCCACCUCGAGGAAGCGCUUCAGUCUGAAUGACUUUAACUUUAUCAAGGUGCUCGGAAAGGGCAGCUUUGGAAAGGUGAUGCUCGCCGAGCUGAAGAAUACCGACGAGGUGUACGCGGUAAAGGUGCUGAAGAAGGACGCCAUCCUCCAGGAUGACGACGUCGACUGCACGAUGACGGAGAAGCGAGUUCUCGUCCUGGCAGCUAACCAUCCCUUCCUCACUGCACUGCACUCCUGCUUUCAGACCACCGAUCGACUGUUCUUUGUCAUGGAGUACGUCAACGGCGGAGACUUAAUGUUCCAAAUACAAAAGGCUCGCAAGUUCGACGAGCCUCGAGCUCGUUUUUACGCUGCCGAAGUGACACUGGCACUAAUGUUCCUGCAUCGUCACGGUGUUAUCUACCGUGAUCUCAAGCUAGACAACAUAUUACUUGACUCUGAGGGGCACUGCAAACUUGCCGACUUUGGCAUGUGCAAGGAGAACAUCAACGAAGGCAAUACCACCUCCACGUUCUGUGGUACCCCGGACUACAUUGCGCCGGAAAUUCUUCAAGAGCUUGACUACGGUCCUUGUGUCGACUGGUGGGCUCUAGGCGUGCUCAUCUAUGAGAUGGUUGCCGGCCAGCCGCCCUUUGAGGCGGAAAAUGAGGAUGACCUCUUUGAGUCGAUUCUCCACGACGACGUCGUCUACCCGGUGUGGCUCUCCAAAGAGGCAGUUUCCAUUCUGAAGGGGUUCCUCACGAAGAACCCCUCCAGGCGACUAGGUUGUGUUGGCCUGCAGGGCGAAUCGGCCAUUCUCAGUCAUCCGUUCUUCCGAGACAUUGAUUGGGACGCCCUAGAGGCGAAAAGAGUGAAGACACCCUUCAAGCCUAAAAUAAAAGCCAAAUGUGAUGUCAACAACUUUGACCAAGACUUUACCAAAGAGGACGCCGUGCUGACGCCCACCGCCCAGGAGACGAUUCGCUCCAUCAACCAGGAGGAGUUCAAGGGCUUCUCCUUCACCAAUGAACGCUUUAACCCCUCAAAGUACGACAUCAACAGCCAACAGCCUGCCUGA